AUUCCGGUUGCACCGCUCCGGCACUUCUCUCUCCGGUUUCGUUGUUUCCACCCGGGCUCAGUUGGUGGACGGCUCGGCCGCCAUCGCGCUAUGGAGCCUGUGGGCUCCGGGCCCGAGGGCCUUCCCGGGUCUUUGGAGCAGCUCCCAGCCCCGGACAACCGGCUGUUUCUUGUGAAAGGUGGAAUUUUUCUUGGUACAGUUGCUGCUGCAGGAAUGUUCGCUGGUUUUGUUACAACUUUGUCACUGGCUAAAAAGAAAAGCCCUCAGUGGUUCAAUAAGGGAAUUACUGCCACAGCUGCUUUACCAGAGAGUGGUUCUUCUCUUGCCUUGCGAGCAUUGGGUUGGGGCUCACUUUAUGCAUGGUGCGGAGUUGGUGUAAUCAGUUUUGCAGUCUGGAAAGCUUUAGGAGUUCACAGUAUGAAAGACUUUCAGAGUAAAAUGCAAUCAAUAUUUCCAGUGAUCCCCAAGAACCCCGGGUCAUCUGUUGAGUGGGAGGAAGCACUGAAAUCCAAAUGAGAUGAGCAUAAAAGAAUUCCAAAGUGAUUCUUACAGGGAAAGUAGCUGAAAAUGCCAAGAUAAUCAUCCUCUUUAAAGGAAAAAAAAGGUCAAAUUGAUUUCUACUCAGGAAAGUGAACAAAUUGUUGAUGGGACAUGGACUCUAUGGCUGUCAGCAUCUUCAGUGUAGUCUAUGAAAACUCAAAGUCAUUCUGCAUUUGCUUUAUCUUGGAAUCAAAUGAGAGAGGUACAUGUUUUCCAAGAUUUGGAGGGUUGUUUUAAAGAACAUUAGUUGUAAGUAAGUAAAUAACUUCCCCUUGUGGACUGCAUAUUAGUAUAUAAAGUUAGAUAUAUUUCUAUUAACUUUAAAAACAAGUUCUCACUUGAAAAGCCAAAUUUUAUGAUAAAUAUUCUAACAGGAAUCUUUAUAAACCAUUGUUACUUCUCACCACCAAGUGGGAAAACCAAGCUAAAAAUUAAAAGGUGGUUCAUUUAAAAAAAUUUUUAAAUAACUUAAAAAAAUUUUUUUAGACCAUAAG